UGGAAAUGCAGUGUAUAUAUUUGGUAGAAUGUGCACCAUCAUCGCCGUCAUAGUCCUAGUUUGCUGGGACAGAGUUCGUGAUUAUUUUGCAUAGAGUUCUGGCAGGUCUGCUUAUUGCUUCCGUACAAUUCUGUCAAGAGUGGAGGAAAAAUAAGACGAACUCAGUUCAUGAGAUCGAGACGAAGUACGAUGAUUAUCGGUUCUUGGCGUGUAUUCGCAAGACAAAUGAUUCACCAGUGAUGCAUCUUGCUCGACCGACCAUCUUUCAUGACUGUGUUGAUUUUGGAAGUGCUGACAGCCUGACCGCCUGGUCCCCGGCGAAGGUAGAAUGAAGAUGGCUGCGGAAAGCGAUGUGCUGUCUGAGAUUGAAGUCCUCCAGUCCAUCUAUCUUGAAGAACUGAGGGUCUGUCGUAAAAGCGACAGGGACUGGGACGUUAGCGUGGAUCUGUACCCCUCCACGGCCGAGGACUCCCUCUCCCAGUUUGUUCGGCUCACGCUCACCCUAACCCUCGACUCGCAGUACCCUUCAUCUCCUCCCACCAUCUCUAUUCACAAUCCCCGCGGCCUCUCCGAUGACAAGCUGCUCAGUGUCCAGCGCUGUCUGGAGGCUGAAGCUCAGGCCUGGCUGGGGACCCCUGUUCUGUACCAGCUCAUCCAGAAAGCCAAAGAAAUCCUGACGGAGAGCAAUAUUCCUCACGGGAACUGCGUCAUUUGCCUGUACGGCUUCAAGGAAGGAGAGGUGUUCACCAAAACCAGCUGCUAUCACUACUUCCACUCACACUGCCUGGGCCGGUACGCCUCCCACUCACAGCACGACCUGAGAGAGAGGGAGAGAGAGCGGGAAGAGGACAAGACCCGGGGCAAAAUGGAGGGACAGGAACUGUCAGUGGUGUGUCCAGUUUGUCGAGAGCCACUGACCUAUGACCUGGAAGUUCUUCUAAACUCUCCCGCGCCUCACUUUCCCAAGACGGAGGGAACAGUCCUAGGGGCGGAGUUUCAGAGGAAGUGGGCCGAACUUCAAAGUAUUCUGGAGCGGCAAAGGGAAAAGGGCGGGAUUAUAGACCCCGAGGCGGAGUCUAACCGUUUCCUCAUACAUAUUAAUCAGGCACCUACUGAAGCCAGCAGCAUUGGUCCUGACCCAGAUUCUCCUCUUAGCCUAUCGCUUCCCUCCACUGUCCCUCCCUCCACCAAUCAGGUCACAGCUUCUCAGGGUCCACAGCUGUCUGGCCAAUCAGAGUGCAGGACUGGAUCUGGCAGCAGGAGACGAGGCCAAUUGAAGUGGAGCAGGAGGCGCGAGACCCCGCAGGAGCGCAGGGGGAGUCCCAGCAGCCUUGGCGAAAAGAACAUGGCUAAACUCUCCCUCUCUUCAGGGCGUGGGACUGAGCUCCGGGGGGGCGGGACCGAGCUCCAGGGGGGCGGGCCUGAGCUCCAGGGUGGGGGGCCUGAGCUCCAGGUGGGUGGGCCUGAGCUCCAGGGGGGCGGGUCUGAGCUCCAGGGGGGCGGGUCUGAGCUCAAGGGUGGGGGGCCUGAGCUCCAGGUGGGUGGGCCUGAGCUCCAGGUGGGUGGGCCUGAGCUCCAGGGGGGCGGGUCUGAGCUCCAGGGGGGCGGGCCUGAGCUCCAGGGGGGCGGGCCUGAGCUCCAGGGGAGCGGGCCUGAGCUCCAGGGGAGCGGGACUGAGCUCCAGGGGGGUGGGUCUGAGCUCCAGGGGGGCGGGUCUGAACUCAAGGGGGGUGCGGCGGUCGAUGAUGACGGCAUACUUGACGUUGGCGUGAACCACACUCGGCGAGACCUCGUCAUGCAGUCAAGCUGGUCGGAGAAAACCGAGAGGGAGGAGCACGUGAGAAUCAGCCAACCGGAAGCUGUAGCUCGUGACGGACAGGAGCAGACUAUAAACCAGUCGUGCCCGGACAUUUUAAAAUCCAGCAACCAGUCUGACUCUGCUGGACCUGGGAGAGGGCGGGGCCAGAGGUACGGCCAAUGGGGGAGAGGCAGGAGGAGGAGCUCAGGUCAACAGCCUAGACAUUUUGAGGAGAGGAACAUCCACGGGGUGGACCGCUCGGACACUCCGAGGGACAGCGCACAUCACAGAGGAGGCCGAGGGUUCGGCUACUGGGGAAGGAGAGGAGGCGAUCACAAUGCUCACUUUAGAGGAGGCGGGGCUUACAGGAAGACUGGGAGGGGCUUCACCCGGCGAGAGGCAGAGAAGGAAGUAGCCAGAGACGGAGGGCCUUGAAGUGUCAUUACAGGAAAUGAAUGCUGUGCCUCCGUUAAAAUCCACCGAAAUAAACCUCUACACUCACUCUGAAUCUCACUGUCGGCCUUAUUUUGCACGUGUUCAUUUGUCACUAACCGGAUGCCCAAGAAAACUGUAUAUAAAGUCCGAAUUCAUAUUUAUAUAUUUAUAUACUGUGUUUCAGUGGAGUAGUUAUGUUCACUGGCGCAGUGACCACAUACUUUAACUUCUUGGUGAAACCUAGCUGCUCUAUUAAAAAUGAUACUGCAGUUGCAUUACACAACCCAGUCUUAGAUGGAUCGUCUAGAGACGAUUGUCUUGUCGAUAGAAAGCUCCAUGGGUAAUCUCCUUCCUUUUGGUCCUUUUUUUAAGGUUGGGAAGUUAUAUUUUUUUUCCCCCACAUUGGCUCAAGUGUGGGUCUUUUCUGGUUUGUUUAUUCCCUUGUGGAAAAUGUCUAUUGAGAAAUUCUUGUGUGACAACCAGUUUGUUAACAGCGCUGUACAAAAUAAAGCACUGUGAUUAAUAACGCUGGAAACAAUCUGGAUAAAACAACACCAGCCCGCAAAACUUUGUGAAGAUUAUAUUGGAACUCCUAUAUAUGUUCAUUUCCCAUUUUAUCAAGACAAUAAGGAGUACCCUCGGCCAAUGUAAGUGAAACGACAGUAAGCAUUGGUACCUUUAUUUUGAACAAUGCUAUUGUAAAAAUACCUAGAAUAUAUGUGGAGGGUUGUCCGCAUUUUUUAAAUUAUUUAACUUGAAUAUGCUGUUGCUAUGUGCUUCUGGAGUGGCACAUCCACAGUAAUCAUGCUAGUGAAGCACGUAACCAAAACAAAUAAUGCAAAUAAACCUGACUGCUGAAAAA